UUUCCCGCUGGACAGACAAAAGAUUACAUUCAACCGAUUCGACGAUAAUAUGCCAGUGAUAUAUGAGAUGUAAUAUGAGUAUAAACUGCGACGAGAUGCGAUAAAAACCGUAUUGUUAGCGACGCGAAAAAAGAUUGAAGGAAGCGAGGAAGAAGCACGAGAGAAGAAUAUAUUGCGCUUUAGAUAGAUGAGGAACGAAUCGAACGUCUGAACAUCAAGCUAUUAUAUGUAAAAACGAUUCAACCUAAAAGUGUGAAUGAGACCAAAAUGACACAGCAUACGCAGUCGUCCUUUGAAAGUGUGAUUUUUAUCACUCAUGUUGAGGCUGAUGAUAUAUACUUGAAGAUCUGGGGUCAACUGGAUAAGCAGGCUGCUACUAGUGUAGAGCAUUAUAUAUAUCCUCUGAUAGAACAGUUUAAUCAGGGAUAUGGUUGUCCUUCCAAACUCAAUAGACUAGCCAUUGGUACAUUCUGUUGCGCUAGAUUUCAAUCCGAUGGUUAUUAUCGUGCAAAAAUACUUGGCACACGUACCGAUGGCAUGAUAGUUGUACAAUUUCUUGAUUAUGGCAAUGUGGAAGUCUUGCCCCUGAACGAGAUUCGUCUGUGGGAUAACAUACGUGAAAUGGAACCUCUGCGAGCCUUUCCACCAAUGGCAUACGAGUUCUCAUUGAUGAAUGUAUUACCUAUAAAUGGUGGUUGGGAUAAAGGAGUUAUUGAAGAAAUUAAAAAAAUCCUAUGCUAUAAUGAAUUCAGAGCUUUUUUUCAUAUGAUGAAUAAUCGCUGUUUCAUAAAAUUAUGGUACAAUAAUGAAGACUUUAGCGAAUUGUUGGUAAAACAACAGUUGGCUUUAUCAACUACUCUACCAACUACCGUACCAGCUAUUAUACCUGAUAUGUUUAGACCAAAGCAUGUACUGCAACCUCAAAUAUUAGCAUAUCAACAAAAUAAGAGCAAUAUGAAUAAUUGUGCAACAAUGCCAAUAAUGCAGAAUCCAAAUAUGAAUCAUAAUUCCAAUGUACAAGGAUUUCACAAGAUUUUUUCCACUGAUACAAAUCAACACAAACAUGUUGAUCAACGGCCUUCACAACCACCACCUGUUCAAGAAGCACUCGUAUUCAAAUCUCGAGUAUUAGACGUAAACUCACAAUAUCAAGUGUUAAUAUCACAUGUGGAAGAUGGUCCACAAAAGUUUUCCGUUCAAGUUGAAAGCACACAAGCUAUAUUGACUCAAUUGAUGGACAAAAUAAACAGUCAUCCAAAACAACCUUUGCAAGAACCACCAUUGCCAGGAUCUGUUUGCUUGGGACGAUAUAGGGAAACUGCAGAAGAUGGAGUGUUAUGUCGGGCAGUUGUAAUGUCUGUGAUGGAACAUAAAUGCAAAUUAUAUUAUGUUGAUUUUGGCCAUACAGAAGUUUUGCCAUAUACAGACAUCUUUCAAUUACCACCUGAAUAUAUUAAUCCCAAAGUGCUUUCCAUUAGAUUUACUUUAAGUGGCCUAAGAGAACUCAAUAUUACGCAAGAAAUGAAAGCAUACUUUAAAGAAUUAGUAUACAGAAAAUUACUUAUUCUACAUGUUCGUCCGCCAGAAGGACCGCCGCUGAUUCAAUACGGUGACUUAUAUGACAAUGGUGUUAACAUAAAGGAUAUGUUAAAGAAAGCGUUCCCAGCGCCUGCUGUAACAAUACCGAUAACAUAUUCGUACCCACAAUUACAACGAUUAUCGAAAGAUGUUCAAGAAGUUGUGCAUGUCUCUUAUGUAGAGUCGUGUAAGAAAUUCUUUGUGCAACUUGACAAUGGGAUAAAGUCUCUCGACUCAAUAAUGACUGGCCUAGCACAAUAUGCCAAAAUGGCAUCUGUUUUAAAUACAACGCAGCUAAAAGCAGGAUUACCUUGUGCAGCUCUCUAUGAUUCACAGUGGUAUCGUGCACAAAUUCUUAGUGUUACUGCAGAUAAAGUUAAAGUGGUUUAUGUUGAUUAUGGAAAUGAAGAGGUAUUACCUACAGUAUCUCUUCGUACAAUUCAUGAUGAUUUAGUAACAAGUUUACCAGCACAAGCUAUAAAGUGUGCAUUAAAUGGUUACGAGGUGCUUUCAUUAGAUCAAGAAGUCUCUAAUCAUUUCGAAAGAUUGACGCUCGAGAAACUUUUUUACAUGAAAGUAGUUGCUGCACAGCCCAAAGGUUUAUUAGUUGAUUUAUUCGAAUUUGACACAAUGAGAAGUAUUCAUCCUCAGCUGCUAAACAAUUUAUUCUGCGAUAAAAAUUCCACAAGUACACCAAAUGGAGAAAUUCAACAUCCUACCAAACCAAUAAAUAAUUUCCAGAGUGGAAGUAAAGAUCGAUAUAAUAAAAAAAGUAACGUGGAUACUUGGAAUCGUAACCAAAACACUAAACCUUAUCAAGAUAAUAAACCAAAUUCCUGGAGGGAUGAACGGUCUCAACAGUAUGAUAAUAGACAUGAUAGAACCGGCGCUUAUUCCCAUCAUGAUGGUUUACAGAAUGAUCGGUCUAUUAAAAAUGAAAUUGCACACAAUAGAUUUGGCAGAGAUAAAUCAUAUCACAAACAUGAUAAAAAUGAAAUAAAUACAUUCAACAGAAGUAGUAGAGAAACCUCGCGAAAUAGUGGAAAUAAAUUUAAUGAUAACGAACGAAGAUACAAUCGUAAUAAUUCUGAUAAAGUAUGUAGCGAUAAGGAUUCGGAUACUUCGUCUAAAGGUAGUGGUAAACGUGCGAAAUGUUUUAACCGUGAUGGUUUUAAUAAUGGACGAGAAGAGAGUUACGACAGUGGAAUAUCAAACAAAUCACAAACUGGAAAGUGGAGUGACAGAAAAUCGUCUAUGGCUCGUAAGCCUAGCUACAAAAGUGGAAAAUUCACUGGUGACUAUAACAGUAAUGAGAAAUUUAAGGAUAAAGAGAAUAAUACAAACAAUGUUUUACAUGAUCAGAUAAAUACUUAUGAAUCUUGGGAUACAGAUAAUGUUAAUAAAAAACUGGAGAAUAAUAUAGUUGUUAAUAGAGAAUCUCAAUUUUCACCAAUAAAUGUUACUCUUGGAUCUAUAAAAAAUUGCGAAGUAGUAUUCAUUAACAGUCCAUUGGAUUUUUUUGUUCAAUUAAAUCCUGAUUGCUUAGAAUUAGAUACUAUUAUGGAAAAUAUAGCUGCAACUUAUGAAAAUAAUGGAAAAACAAUGCAAGUUUCUGAGAUACAAUGUGGUACAUGUUGUAUUGCUCAAUAUUCGGAAGAUCUUAAGUGGUAUAGAGUGGUAAUCAAAUCUGUAGAAGAAAAUAGUGCAACUGUAGAGUUUGUUGAUUAUGGAAACACAGAAUCAGUCGACUUUACAAAAAUUAAAGUCAUCCAAGAAAAAUUUCUGAAACUGCCAAUGCAAGCAGUGCGCUGUAAAUUACUUGGAUUGACUAUUGAUAAAGAAAACGAACAUACGAUUUUCUCAGAAAAUGUCGAAGGAAAAUUAUUAGAGAUAGAAUUUGUUGCCGAAAAAAAUGGAGUAUACGAAGUACUGUUGCGUGAAAUUAUCAAUGAUAUACCAAAUAUUAAUUAUAUAAAUGAAGAAUUUUGCACAAUGCAAGAUUUAACAAAAGCAAAAGAAACUAUGGCAAUUGAAAAAACAUUUAAAGCGACGAUGGAGAAUAUACAAGAAGCUACAGAUUAUGCUCCCAUUGAUUCAAAAUGGCAAACUACUUUUUAUGAAUCUGGAUCCGAAUAUGAUGCUAUUGUUACAUGGUUCAUAAAUCCUAACAAAUUAUAUUGUCAACUAUUGGCUAAAGAAACAGAAUUUAAAGCAAUAAUGAGUGAAAUUCAAAAAACAUAUACUAACAGAAAACCUGUAACAGAUAAAUUACAGAUUGGUUCAGCGGUGAUAGCCAUGUUUGCCGAAGAUAGAGCUCUUUAUCGAGCGGAAGUUAUAAAUACCAGUGUGCAAAAAGAUACAUACGUAGUUCAGUAUAUAGAUUUUGGAAAUUGCGCAAUCGUAAACUUACAUAAUAUAUAUCCUGUUGAGAAAAAAUUCAUGCAACUGCCUAAAUUAGCAAUACAAUGUUCCUUGAAAAAUAUCGUACCUAAUAAUAAUUCAGACUGGUCCAAAACUGAUAACAAUGCACUCGAUAAUUGUUUUAAUGCUGACAAGUAUAAAUGCAUCUUCCAUGAUUUUAGUAACAAUCAAUAUACGAUUUCAUUAAUCUAUAAUGGACAAGAUGUAGGUGAUAUGUUAGUACAGAAGAAUCUUGCGGCCUUUGUUACAAAAACUUCAGUUGAAACAAUCUGUGGUAAAAGUAAAGCUCUAGGAACAUCUGAUACAGAAAUAAAAAUGCUCAAUGAUGUAGAGAGAGUAGACAUAAGUCUUUUGAGUGGUCAAAUUCUGAAAAUGAAAGUUUCUAAUGUAGAAAGUGUAACCCUAUUUCAUGUUCAGCUUCUAUCAGCCUCAAAAUAUGAAAAAAUUAUCCACAAUUACAUGGCUGAUAAAAAUACAGAGGUGAUGCCGCGAUUAUCAACCGGCGAGCUAUGUCUUGACGCAGGCUGUCUAAUCAAUGUAAAUGGAACAUGGAAACGAGCUGUAGUAAUUAACUGUUCACGCUCCAAAGAAUUUUAUGUAAAGCUCAUUGAUACUGGAAUGUGUCAAAAAAUCCUGGAUGGUGUUUUGGCUUUACCUGGAGAACUUGCGAUUAUGCAGAAUCAAGCAUUGGAAUGCUCUUUGCAAAAUGUAACAGCAUCUUCAGAUGCAGAUAAACGAUUGAAAGAGUUUGUAGGAAAAGAAAUACUAGUUAUAGUUGAAGAAGUCAACAAUAACAGACUUAUCGUGAAACUUUAUGACCUCCUUGGCAAUGGAAUAAUGAAUACGGAAGAAAAAGUUGAAAAGAUACUACCCAUAUGUUUAAUGCCUAUUUUAAGUUCUACUCACUUUGUAUUUGUCUCAUAUUUGGAGAAUCCUACCAACAUCUGGUUGCAACGAUACUCAGAGAUGGAACUCGAUGCUAGAUUAUUAAAAGAUCUUAAAGAAUAUUACUGUAAUUCUGGACAAAAAUUGAAGAAACCAGAGAUAAAUUUGUUAUGUGCAGCUAAAUGUUUGGAAGAUGGAAAUUGGUAUAGAGGAAAAAUCAUCAGCUAUACCGAAACGACUGCCUGUGUACAUUAUAUUGAUUACGGCAAUACUGAGGAAAUUGCUCUGGAAUCGAUCAUGAUUUUAGAACCACAAUUUUUUGAACCUCACCAGUUAGCGAUAAAUGUAUCGUUAUCGGUAACUCUUAGCGGCACUGAAGACGAACAGCUAAAUCUGCUGCAAACUCAUUUGAUGAAUAAAGAAUUAACUGCUGUUUUUUAUAACGUACAUAAGAAAUGGAUCGUCGAUCUGAUCGAAAAUGGGGAAAAACUCAGCGAUAAAUUCCGUUCGCUAAAUCUGGUGUUGGAAGAACAGACAUCUGAACAGACACCGGAUUCCCAAACUCACGAAACACCAACGGUUAACAAAUUCAAUGUAUACGUAUCUCACGUUGAUUCUCCGAGUCAAUUCUGGUUACAACGAGUAGAUGAGCUCACGUCUCUCAAUGAGAAACAAGAACAACUUCAGUUGGAAGUGUCUAAUUUUCCGACGAUAAAUGGUAUACUGGAAGAGGGUACUUUGUGCGUUGCUACUUAUUCGAUCGAUAAUCUUUGGUAUCGCGCCGAGGUAUUAGAUGGAGAUGAGGAUAUAACAACUGUUCGAUUCAUAGACUACGGCAACACAGACGUCGUUAAUAAUAAAGCAGCCUAUAUUCGACAAAUACCGGAUGCUUGGAAAAGCUUAGAGAGAUUCGCACUAAAAUGCAGACUCGAUGUUAUUCCUGUAGAUAUGGAGGAUUGGAACGAGUCGACUUGCGAGACAUUCGAGAAUCUAGUAACGUCAGAAACUGCAGAGACUGUUCAGGCUCUAAUAAUAGCGGAUACUGUGCCUAAACGUGUAGAACUGUUCAUAAAUGACAAAAGCGUCAGCGAGAUGUUGGUUGAGGAAAAGCUUGCCAUCAUGAUCAACACCGAGCAAGAGCCUGUGGACGAGAUAGUUGAUCUCGAACUGGAUCCACAUUCCGCUUUCGUGUGUCAUAUUAAUUCGCCGAAUGAAUUUUGGGUUCAAGAGGAGAAAUCAGUUGCUGAUUUGGAAGUGAUGGCAGACAGAUUCAUAGUCGCUGAUAUGUUCCCGAAAAUUGAUGAUGUGAAAGAGGAUUUGCUGUGCGUCGCUAAAUAUCCCGAUGACGAGCAAUGGUAUAGGGCGCGCGUAAUCUCUCACGAUAACAACGGAAACACGCAAGUCAUAUAUAUAGACUACGGGAAUUCUGCUGUGUCGACUGAAAUUCGCGCCAUUCCAGAAGAUCUGGCGAUUAUACCGCCCUUGUCACGCAAAUGCUGUUUACAAUUGCCACCGCAAAUUAAAGAAUGGUCGGAGCAGGCUUGCGAAGAAUUCUUCAAGUUGGCCGCAGAUGGUGCGACCAUUUUCCUAUUAGACGUGUUGAAGGAGCAAGAGGUAUCAUUGGUGAAGUUAACACUGGACGGUCAGAACGUUGCCGAUAUUCUUGCGAGUAUGUGCGAGCAACACUUACCGGUUAUCGAAGAAAGAUUACCACCGCUAGGCGAGGAAAAUUCGCCAAACGUGGUAGUCAGUCAUAUUAACAGCCCGAACGAGUUUUGGAUCCAAGCCGAGAGUAGUAUAAGCGAACUAGAAGUAAUGUCAGAUCGUCUGCGAGACGCAGAGAGUUUCCUCGCUUUGAACAAUCUCGAUAUUGGCACGAUCUGUGCCGCUCGAUAUCCGGAAGAUGGAUAUUGGUACAGGGCGAAGAUAAUUGCACAUUGCGAGACAGGCACAGAAGUUUUAUAUAUGGAUUAUGGUAAUUCCGCAGUGACAGAAGAAUUGAGGAUACUCCCCGAGGAUAUUGUGAAUAUUCCCAUUUUAUCGAAACGAUGCACGCUCGAGAAGCCAAGCCACGUUGCUACGUGGAGCGAGGAAGCUUGUGACAAGUUUAAAGAAUUAGCUGCUGAAGGAGCCACUAUGUUCCAAUUUGAAAAUCUUGAUGAAGAUGAUCCAAUGCAUGUUCGAUUAAAUCUCAAUGGAACGAGCGUUGUUGAUCUUUUAUUAGCUACAUUCGAAAAUAUUCCUACGGAAAUUGGAGAGAUAAUGGAAAAAUCACCAGAAGAAGAGAUUAUUUCUAUUACAAAGGAAAAACAAGCAAUAGUCCAAGAGGAUCACGAAUUAGUAAAUAACAGUGAAGAAACUUUAAAUUUAGAUCAGGAAGCUCAAGAAGAACAAACAUCCAAUCAAAUAGAUAAUCUAGAUUGCAUUAAUCAAGUCGUGAAAACAGAAAAGAAUGAAAAUGGAACUGACGAAGAAGUAUUUAAUAAAUCAUUUAUAAAUUCUGAUAUAAAUGAGGGAAACGAAUGUAAUGAAGAACAACAGAAAAGCAAGAGCUUGGAUGAAAUCGAAGAAAAAAAGAAUGACAAAUCUGAAAUUACGAUAGUUAAAUGUACUUCAAAAGUGGAAGAAAUAUCAGAAGAUAUAGUCGAAACGAAUAAAGAUAUAGAUAUCGCUACGAAUGAAGCGAUAUCUAACGAAGCGGUGACUUCUACUAUAUCAUGUUUUAAAGAAUCCUUGCAUGUAACAGAGCUUAGCGUUGAUGAGAUAGUUGGAAGUAUGUUAAGAGACACGAUUGAUGAUAUAGAAUCGCGAAUUGAUCAUACAAAUCUAUCGAUCACAAAUGAAAUGCAAUUAUCUGAUAUCGCGCAAAUUGCCGAGCAACAAGAAUUACUAUCUCAAACACAAUCUAUAGAUAUAAAUAACUCUUCAGAUACCAAUACAGAUAUACAGAUCUUAGAAGUACACGCAACAAGAGAUGACUCGGAAGCUACGGAUAAGAUUCCAAAAAUUUUACCAAUAACGAACGAAUCGCAAUUUCAGGAUGUUGUACAACUUAAUAAUAAUCAAGUCGAGGAGCAAAAAGUAUAUGUUGAGUUGCAGCUUGGUGCAAACGAACCUUCGAAUGACUUCCAAAUUUUAAAAACAAUAUCAUUGCAGAAAGAAAAAGAAAAUUUGGAGCAGAGACAAGAAAGUCCAACGAAGAGCGAGACUAUUCCUGAAAGCAUAGACAACAGUAAUGAUUUAGAAAUUCAAUCCAAUAACGUAGAUACGGAUAAUGAUUUCAACACUUCCUCAAAAUCGACAUGUACGGUAAAAACGGCACAAACGACGCCGUGCGUAAUUAAGACUGAUUCAUCUGAGCAACACAAUUAUUCGAGAAGACGAUCAGAAGACAAGACAAUUCCCGAAUGUAUCUCUAAAGACGAGUCACCCAGCGGUUCUAGAAAGCGUCCUGUAACACCAAAGACACCACAUUCAGAAAAACUCGUGGCUGGUGCCGUGAAUCCAUUUGUGCAGUCAAUACCCGAUAAUAUGAACGAAGAGGAUGAAAUACUUACUGUCUCUGUAGAGAACAACAUUCCUAAAUAUAUGACAUAGUUUAAAUGUAGCGGACAUGUAUUGCAAAUGUAUAUAUAGACGUAUAACGUAUAUACAUUUGUAGUAUAAAAAAAAUGCAGAUUUCUUACAGACAAAUCUUACAUUUUUUUUUUUACUCUUAUUUCUCGUUUUUUUUCCACUGUUUAUAUAAAUAUAUACUAUAGAUGGAGAAAGAAAAGUUAUAUCGCCAUAUACGCAAUAUACAUGGUGAUCGCGAUUUGUUUUUUUUUUUCUCUUUUUAUAUAAAUCUGCCGCGUUUCCUAUGAAUCUACAUAUUGCCGCUACAAUGCACAUUAGGCCAUCAGGUAUGCGACCAAAGAUUAAUUCAUCUAAUAAUCUAAUUGACUCAUAUUUACAUUGUUCUUUUUUACGUUUUAUGCUAAUACUCGCCUGUGAUACCAGUAGUGAUCACACACAAUUUUUCUUAAUAUUCAUAAUUUUUUUAAGUUGCAAUAAAUUUAGUAACCCACUUUGUUUUCAGUUUCAAAUAAUUGAAUUUCUUUAUGUAACUUUCUAAUUUUGCAAAUUAUAUGCGAUAUAUAACAGGCUACUUUUGACUAAACGAGAUAUAAACAAAACAAAACUAAAUGUUUUAUUUGUUUGACAUAUGUCUUAUUACCAAUUACAUUACACGCAUAACGUAACUGCGACAAUUUUUUAAAUAUUUCUAAAGA